UUCUGAUAACGUGAAUGUCCUUUUCCGGUCCACACAGAGGCUUACUCCCAUUUGGUAGUUAGGAUACAUAUAUCUAUCGUACAUGCAGGAGAAGACCUUGUCAAUGAUACACGGUGUUUCAUUCAUCAAGGCGGCAUGCCUUGCGGUGACUUUUUGCCCAUUUUUUGUUGAUUCAAGGGCUGCAAGAAAAACACGAUUCGUAGUUGACAGCCAGUGUCAUCCAUUACCUGCCCCAGCUCACGGAACCAUAGUAUGCGGAGAGGGAUUUCCAUUCUACUCAUGUACAGCGCAUUGCGAUGCCGGGUACCAGUUUCCAUCUGGAAAUAGUUCAGUCAAACUAGAAUGUGAUCAGAUGUUCGGAGAAUGGUUUGAUCCUCCCGGAAGGAACAUUCCAAACUGUGUCUUAGACAAUAAGUGUCACCCAUUGCCUGCCCCAGCUCAUGGAAGAAUAGCAUGUGGAGCCGGGUUUCCAUUCUACUCAUGUACAGCGCAUUGCGAUGCAGGGUACCAAUUUCUAUCUGGAAAUAGUUCAGUCAAACUAGAAUGUGAUCAGAUGUUCGGAGAAUGGUUUGAUCCUCCCGGAAGGAACAUUCCAAACUGUGUCUUAAACAGUAAGUGUCACCCAUUGCCUGCCCCAGCUCAUGGAAGAAUAGCAUGUGGAGCGGGAUUUCCAUUCUACUCGUGUACAGCGUCUUGUUAUGCAGGGUACCAGUUUCCGUCAGGAAAGACUUCAGACAAACGGGAAUGUGAUCAGAUGUUCGGAGAGUAUUUUGAUCCUCCCGGCAAGAACAUUCCAGACUGUGUCCGUAAGUGGUUACUAUCAUAUUGAACAUGCGUUAGGAAUGAAAUAGAAUUAUACAUUUAUACGUUAGAAAUAUAAUAUUUAACGGAAUGACUAAACAGUGUGUUAGGAAAGUUGC